AUAAGAGAGAUUUGUCGUUCUUUUGUUUGCUUUGGAAACAGAGUAUCUAUGAAUCGUAAGCAACACACUUGAAGAAAAUAUAGCUGAUGGGUUUCAUCGCUCUGCAAUCUUGGAGCAGAGGAGCUUCAGCCUCUGUUAAUCUCCUUCGUCCCCAGGUAGUUGGUCCGUACCCAAAGCUAUACGAUGGUGGAGCAGUGCAAGCAGUCAAGUUUGAUGUGAGAGCCUCUUCGAGUCGUAAAUCGUUUAAGCAACUCAGAAGAGAGACUCAAUUACAAGGUAAAGACACAACCACAAAAAAGGUUACAGAAGCAGAAGUAAUAGCUCGAGUUGAUGAUGACACUUCGACUUCAAAGGCCUCCUCUAUCAAUGCUGUUGCUGCUGCUGCUGCUCCUCGAGACAAAGUGCUUCAAGCCUGCACUGUAACUUCCGGUUUAAUGGCUGCAUUAGGCCUUCUCAUCAGGAAGGCGUCUCAUGUUGCGUCUACUGAAGGGUUACCAAUCCCAGACUGCUCUUCGGAUAUACCAUUUGGUUUCGAAACUUGGCAUCUCGGGUUAAUCGCUGGAACGGUUGUGUUGAUAUCAUCAAGCAGGUUCCUGCUACUAAAUUCUUGGCCAGAUUUUGCUGAUUCAAGUGAAGCAGCAAACCAACAGAUCCUUGCUUCGCUGGAACCUCUUGAUUACCUUGUUGUUGCUACUUUACCUGGAAUCAGUGAGGAGAUGCUGUUUAGAGGUGCGUUGAUGCCUUUGUUUGGAACCAGUUGGGGCAGUAUCGUGGGAGUUGGACUCAUCUUCGGUUUACUUCAUCUUGGAAGCGGAAGAAAGUACUCCUUUGCCGUUUGGGCGUCGGUUGUGGGUAUAGUCUACGGUUACGCAGCGGUUCUAUCGUCGAGUCUUGUCGUUCCGAUGGCUUCUCAUGCACUCAACAAUUUGGUCGGAGGUUUGCUGUGGCGUUAUACUAGUAGUACUAGUAGUUCCAAGCUCAAGUCAUUGGAGUGAGAGUGUUUACAUAAGAUUUAUAAAAUGGGCUUAAUUUGAAAAGGUUACAUUUUUAUGGGUCGUUUUGUGAAAUAUUUAUAGCAUAGGGUGGUUACUGCAAUUUUGGUUCACCAAUCACAAGAAGACAAAAUGAGAAAAAAAAUGUUUAAAUAAAUUAA